UCAAGCUAAGUUUGCAACACGUGAAAAGCUCGAUCACAUUUUAUAAAAAAUAGAAUUGGUGGUGAUAUUUUUCGAUCGGUAAUUUGCAGUGGUGUUGCCUGUGAGGACCUUUGAUGAGAAACGCGGCAUGCAGUUUUCUGAACCUGCUAGUGACAAACUUUUCUUCGUUGUGCUGCUUUCCAUUUCAUUCCUCUUCUCUUUGGGCACGCUAAUCUGGCUAAAAGUGAAGCAGACGACCUUUGCCCUGAGACGCAAAGAGGUCAUCACUGAAAACCUACCUGUUGGUGAUAUCUUGGAAUGCUGGCCUGCCUUUAAAAUUGAGUCACAGAUCUGUUCAGAGUUUCAUAAAAUUACAAACAUCAACCUGAAGAACCACUUUUAUGCCGUGUUGGACCAGCAUGCUCCCCGUCUUCAGAGCUUGUUCAGAAAGAAAGCUGCUCGCACAGGGAAAGUGUCUGAAGUACUGAGUCAGCUCUUCAGGAUAUGUGACCUCCAGGAAAACGUGGACGUCCAUGUACGACGAGCUGCCGUCCUCCGUGCUCUCCCCGCCUAUCUGCAAGAGGAUGACUCCAACUUUCUCAAGACGUGGGAUGUUGAACAAUCUAAUGAACCAGGCAUUGAUGACGUACCACUCGGUCUCCUCUCCAUUUGUGGCAAUUCAACAGAUGCCAGGUUCUUCUGCCCAGAGAAGAUUGCAGUUGUACUUGAGGGUAACAUGGUUAUCGAUUUUCCCACAUUGGCUGAUGCAUUUGUCAUGCUUUUUGGACUAACUUACGCCUUGGAUCUAAGUUACCCAAAAGAGUUGGCCAACACAUUUGACUUUACCCAGAAAGUAUUGAUGGGUCUGGAGGAUGGGAAGCUAAGGCCCAGAGUGUUGAGUCUUAAAAAUGAGCUUUUUGCAGUGGAGUAACCUCAGUGUUUGAACAACGAUUACAAAGUUAUUUGACAUUUCAUUCUGUCACUUUUAUUGCACACCAUAGUGCAAGGAAAUUAUUUUUUUGGAAAACAUCUUACAUGUGUUUUAAAGUAUGAUUGAUCAACAUACAGUUUAAAUGUGUUGCUGUUCAAGUUGUCAGGUUUGCACUGUAUUUAUGUUAUACAGUACAACAGACAAUGCAGUGCAUUGCAGUUUACACCGUAGUAUUCAUAUCUUUGAUUUUAUGUAUGCUAAUACAUAGUACAUUACAUAGUACAUAGAUAAUUAUGUGCAGUUUAGUAAAUCAUUGAGCAAAAUGUUUAUGGCAAUAUUGGAUUUUUACAUUAUUUUUCUAUUGUGUAAUUUGCAGAACAGUUUCUCAGUUGAUUUUAUGUAAAAAAUUACUACCACAGUAGAAGUUCUAUAUACCACUCAGAGGUGAUGGUUUAAAAACCUUUUUAUAUAUAUUUUUUUAUAUUGUAAUAAUAUAACUGGUAUUAAUAUAUAACUUUUAUAUUGUUAAGGUUACUGCCAUGUGUGAAUUUUGAAUAGUGUUUCUACUUGACAUAAGUGUUUACAGCUGGGAGAUAUCCAGAUAUCCAUAUUGUCCACUUCUAAAAGUGAUAGUUAUCUCAGACCAUUUCUGAAGGGCCUUGCACUGUAUUGGAGUAUUUCCAGUUUGACAAACAAUUUAUUGUUGAUGUUUUGUGGUUACUUUAAUAAAAGAGUAACUUGCAUUUAAAUUGUCUGUGUUAACCUGUUUUUAUUUUAUUUCAGAAUGUGUUAUAG